AUGGCCCCAAAGAUCUUCCUCACCGGCGGAACAGGCUAUAUUGGUGGCUCCAUUCUGCAUGCUCUCGUGACUGCCCACCCAGAAUACGACAUCACUGUACUCCUGCGCAAGACUCCCGAAGCCUUCACGUCUACCUACCCCAACGUGAAGAUUGUGCAGGGUGAUUAUGAUAGUGCAGAAACGCUCGCAGAGCGGGCGAAGCAGGCCGAUGUUGUUGUGCACAACGGCGAUUCCGACCACGAGCCCUCUCUCAACGCUCUCAUCUCAGGUCUCCUCGCCAAGCCCAAAAAGUCCCACCUCCUGCACCUCUCCGGCACAGGCAUCGUCUCGGACUGGGCCUCCCCCCAGCACCUCGGCACACUCAACCCCAAAGUGUACUCCGACGUAGACGACAUCGCCGCCAUUGCGGCGCUGCCGGACCACGCGCUCCACCGUAACACAGAGAAGAUUUUAUUCAAGACUGCAGCUGAGCAUGGUGAUAAACUGGAGAUUGCGGUCAUGUGUCCGCCGGAUAUCUACGGUCCUGGCACUGGCCCUGGCAACACCCAAUCCGUCUUCACGCGCCUCUUCAUCGCCGACGCUACAACCGUCGCGGGCAACCGCGUCUUCUACCACGGUGCUGGCACGAACACGCGCUCCUGGGUGCAUAUCUCAGACCUGACGUCGCUCUAUCUCCGCGUUGUUGAGGCAGCUGUAGCUGACUCGCCUACGUUCUCUGGCCCAGGAAAGUAUCCUGGGUACUACUUCGCGGGCACGCAGGAGCACGCGCACAUUGAUGUUGCGCGGACCAUUGGCGCGACUCUGGUGAAGCAUGGGGUUAUUCAGGAUGCAGAGCCCGUCGAAGUUGGGCUCGAGGAGGUGGAUAGGAUGGCGAAGCACCCGCUGUUUCCGAAACUGGGGAGGUAUUUGUAUGCAAGUAAUUCAAGGACGAGGGCGGUGAGGGCAGAGAAGAUGUUUGGGUAUGUGGGGCGGGCGGAGGGGUUGUUAGAGAGUAUAGAAGGCGACGUGUUAGCUGCGUUGGGGAAAUAGCUGGGUCCGAGGUCGCGACAAAGCACUACAUUCCUUGGAACUUCAGCGCAUACGCUCAUGACCGGUGAAGAUAGCAGCAUCCAUGUCUUCUGGCGUAGGAUUUCCCACGGUGGGACGACUCAAAACGUUG